AUGAAGAGCGACCUCUUGGGACCCUUCCUCCUCCUCCUCUUCCUCAUCAGCAGUACCGUCACUGGACUGGGAUCAGUGGUGACGAAACAGUACUCGUACAUGCAAAGUCAUUCGACCUGGCAGAGCGCUCAAAGCUCCUGCAAGAGCUCAACUUACAACAGUGACUUGGCCACCUUCUUCACGCAGUCAGAUGAAGACCUGAUCACUAUGACGUACUAUCAUGCAUGGAUCGGCCUGCACCUAGUCACAAACAGCAACAUAUAUUGGACUUGGACCUAUUCGCCAUAUACUUACAGCUCCACCAACUACAACUACUUCUCCAGAUGGGCAUCAAGCGAGCCAGACACUGGCGAGAGCUGCGCUACCGUCUACUACACCAACAGACUGAUUUAUGGCCAGAGUUGUGGAGAAUCUUUCUUCUUCUUUUGUCACAAACGCCAGUCCCAACAAUUUGAAUACAUCUUUAUACCACAGUCGAAGUCAUGGACUGAUGCCCGGGAGCACUGCCAGAGUGACUUUGAUGAUCUGGCAACUUUUGAAGGCAUGUCCAACCUGAACUCAGUUGUCAAUCAACAGGACUUUCCGGUCUGGAUUGGGCUGCACAGAGAUGGAUUAACAUGGAAGUGGAGCUCAGGACUGUCGGAGUACACAAAUUGGGCACCGAAUGAGCCAACAAACAACAACGGCGAUUGUGUGGCCAUCACCUCCACCGGGAAAAAGAUGCACACCCAAAACUGCAACGCCCUGUUUCCCUAUGUCUGCUUCAGGGACAACCUGGUCCUGGUGAAGGAGAACAAGACGUGGGAAGAGGCGCUGGAGCACUGCAGAGCCCUGCAGCCACCCGACCAGUCCAGCCUUCGUUACGAGCUGGUCAGCGUGCAGCCUGGAGAAGACCACAACUUCGUGAUAAACAAGGUCAAGGAGGCCGACACUGAGGAGGUGUGGGCGGGCCUCCGUUUCCUGGCCGGUCAUUGGUUCUGGGUGAACGAGGCAGAUAUGUUGUACUCCAACCUGCCCGACUGCCCCUCCGCGGGGCAGCACUGCGGAGUCUUAUCCAAGAACGAUACGGGCAGUGCGGAGAUCACAGACUGCUCUGAGAGAAGGAACUUCCUGUGUUACAGCACAUACUGA